GCGGGAUUUACGAGACGGUGGCCUGCUUCCAAACUAAAUACUGCCUCUUAAAAGCAGAUAUUUUCAGUCUUCCAUGGCCCUAUCUGGAUUUAGUGAUUUUGAUGAAUUGUCAUCUUGUGAGACACUUUUGUAUCACAAUGGCCUAUCAGCGAUCAGUUUUACCCAUGUUUUUGAUAGGAAGAAAAUUGAUUCUUGCUUUCAGUCACUACAUACUUCAGACGUUCCAAGCAGCAAAACAUGCUCACCAGUUAUUAUAGACGGCGAAAAGAAUGUUUCGUCAAAUUCUAGACUUGUCCUCUCACCCAGCAAGCCAAGUUUUCAUCUUAAUCAUGAGGACCGACCAAUGUUAGCGGAAUCUUUUUUAUCACCUGAUGCUCAUCCUGUGGCUGUUCGUAAACUCCGAGGUCGACGAAGACGUGGGAAGCAAAAUUUUUUGAAUUGUUGUAAGUCUGUUUUUCAAGUUUUCGUAGCUUGUUUUAAUGCAUUUUAUUCAUUGUCCAACUAA